AAUACUCAGAUCAUAAUGGCAUUACUCAUAUUCGUAAUUCUCUUCCUCUCCAUCAUUUUCUUGUUUCUUCUCAAGAAAAACAAAAUCUCUAAAAGAGCUCGUUUCCCUCCUGGCCCCAACGGUCUUCCCUUGAUAGGUAACUUGCACCAGCUUGAUAGCUCAAACCUUCAAACGCAUUUAUGGAAACUAUCUCAAAAAUAUGGCCCCCUCAUGUCCUUAAAGCUAGGUUUCAAGCGAACCCUCGUGGUCUCUUCAGCCAAAAUGGCUGAAGAGGUACUGAAAACCCAUGAUCUUGAAUUUUGUAGCAGGCCGCUCUUGACUGGCCAGCAAAAAUUUUCCUACAAUGGUUUAGACGUGGCCUUUUCACCAUAUGGUGCUUAUUGGAGGGAGAUGAAAAAAAUAUGUGUCGUUCAUCUCCUCAACUCGACACGAGUGCAAAGUUUUCGUACCAACAGAGAAGAUGAGGUAUCACAUAUGAAUGAAAAAAUUUCCAAAGCAGCUCUUGCUUCUAAACCCUUCAACUUGACUGAAGCAAUGCUGUCUCUUACAAGCACAGCCAUAUGCAGAACUGCCUUCGGAAAGAGGUACGAGGAUGGAGGAAUUGAAGGAAGUAGGUUCCUUGCGUUGCUUAAUGAAACCGAAGCCCUUUUUGCGAUGUUUUAUCUUUCUGAUUAUUUUCCAUACAUGGGAUGGGUUGAUAGACUCACGGGACGCGCCCAUCGUCUUGAAAAAAAUUUCAGAGAGUUUGAUGUUUUCUACCAACAAAUUAUUGAUGAACAUCUUGAUCCAGAGCGACCAAAGCCCGACCAUGAGGACAUACUUGACGUUUUGCUUCAAAUAUACAAGGAUCGCACUUUUAAAGUUCAGCUAACGCUUGAUCACAUCAAAGCAAUUCUAAUGAACAUAUUUGUUGGUGGGACUGAUACAGCUGCUGCUACUGUGAUCUGGGCCAUGAGCCUUCUAAUGAAAAACCCUGAAGCAAUGAGAAAAGCUCAAGAAGAAGUUCGAAAGGUGAUAGGAGAUAAAGGUUUUGUGUACGAAGAUGAUGUUCAACAAUUGCCUUACCUUAAAGCUGUGGUUAAAGAGACCAUGAGAUUGCAACCAACAGCACCACUACUAAUCCCAAGAGAAACAACUACGGAGUGUACCGUAGGUGGGUACGAAAUACCAGCCAAGACCUUAGUUUACGUCAAUGCGUGGGCUAUUGGAAGGGACACAGAAGUUUGGGAGAACCCGUAUGUGUUCAUUCCUGAUAGGUGCUUGGGCAGUACUAUUGAUAUGAAAGGACAAGAUUUUGAGCUGAUACCAUUUGGUGCGGGUCGAAGAAUUUGUCCUGGUAUAUAUAUGGGAAUGGCCACCGUGGAGCUUUCACUUUCUAAUCUUCUCUACAAAUUCGACUGGGAAAUGCCUGGUGGGAUGAAGAGGGAAGACAUAGACGUCGUUCAUACGCAACCCGGUCUUGCUAUGCAUACGAGGGACGCUCUCUGCCUCGUGCCUAAGGCCUAUGCUGUGAUGGGCAAUGAUGCGUAAAGGAAUUGCGAACAUCAUCAUGAAAUCGUGACUCUAUGAAUAAAACACGAAUCAGCCUUAAUAAGAAGAUUUGCGUACGAGGGACGAUCAGUAGUUUUUUUUUGUGUUUUUCAAGGUUUGCAUGCUGUGUGUAAUAAUAAGAAUAAACGACGGAGCACCAAGGUUUGUAGCCCAGCGAUAGAGGUAAGGUUUCCUGCCUCAGUCACCUGGGUUCGAGCCCUAGCGUGCACACCUGUCAUCCCCGCAGUGUCUUACAUACCUACUGAGCUUGUAGGGUGUUCAUUGGAUCCGGGAAUUAGUUGUGGUGCGCGUAAGCUGGCCCAGACACCCCGGGUUACCAAAAAAAAAAAAGAAUAAACGACAGAGCUUAAUCGAAUAAUUUUCACGCAAGCUCCGUUGAAUUUUUAAGGUUCUUUGUACCCUUUUGUUUUUACAUUAGAGUUCAUUAUGGCUUGAAUUAUUAUUUUUCUUAUGCAAUUUGAAAAGUUGAUGGUCUGAAUUUUAAGACCUCUAUCAAAUUCUUUUCAA